AUGCGGCUGGCGCGGCUGCUGCGCGGAGCCGCCUCGGCCGGGGGCCCGGGCCCGCGCGCCCGCCGCAGCCUGGCCUCCGACUCGGCCUCCGCCUCCGGCCCGGCGCCCGAGCGCGGCGUCCCGGGCCAGGUGGACUUCUACGCGCGCUUCUCGCCGUCCCCGCUCUCCAUGAAGCAGUUCCUGGACUUCGGGUCUGUGAAUGCUUGUGAAAAGACCUCCUUUAUGUUUCUGCGGCAAGAGUUGCCUGUUAGGUUGGCGAAUAUAAUGAAAGAAAUAAGUCUCCUCCCAGAUAAUCUUCUCAGGACACCAUCGGUUCAAUUGGUACAAAGCUGGUAUAUCCAGAGUCUUCAGGAGCUUCUUGAUUUUAAGGACAAAAGUGCUGAAGAUGCUAAAGCUAUUUAUGACUUCACAGAUACCGUGAUACGGAUCAGGAACCGACACAAUGACGUGAUUCCCACCAUGGCUCAGGGUGUGAUUGAAUACAAGGAGAGCUUCGGGGCGGAUCCUGUCACCAGCCAGAAUGUUCAGUACUUUUUGGAUCGCUUCUUCAUGAGUCGAAUUUCAAUUAGAAUGUUACUCAAUCAGCACUCUUUGUUGUUUGGUGGGAAAGACAAAGGAAGCCCAUCUCAUCGAAAACACAUUGGAAGCAUAAACCCAAACUGCAAUGUAGUUGAAGUUAUUCAAGAUGGCUAUGAAAGUGCUAGGCGUCUUUGUGAUCUAUAUUAUAUUAACUCUCCUGAACUAGAGCUUGAAGAACUGAAUGCAAAAUCACCAGGACAACCAAUACAAGUGGUUUAUGUACCAUCCCAUCUCUAUCACAUGGUGUUUGAACUUUUCAAGAAUGCAAUGAGAGCAACCAUGGAAUAUCAUGCUGACAAAGGUGUUUAUCCACCUAUUCAAGUCCACGUCACACUGGGUACUGAGGAUUUGACUGUGAAGAUGAGUGACCGAGGAGGUGGUGUUCCUCUGAGGAAAAUUGACAGGCUCUUCAACUACAUGUACUCAACUGCACCCCGGCCGCGUGUUGAGACAUCCCGAGCAGCACCCCUGGCUGGCUUUGGCUAUGGAUUGCCCAUCUCCCGUCUUUACGCUCAGUACUUCCAAGGAGACCUGAAGCUGUAUUCCCUCGAGGGCUAUGGGACUGACGCAGUGAUCUUCAUUAAGGCUCUGUCUACAGAAUCCAUAGAAAGACUCCCGGUGUAUAACAAAGCUGCCUGGAAGCAUUACAAAACCAUCCACGAAGCUGACGACUGGUGUGUCCCCAGCAGAGAACCAAAAGACAUGACCACGUUCCGCAGUGCCUAG